AUGAGAAAAGUUGAUCUUUGUUUAAGCUCUGAAGGGACUGAAGUUAUUUUAGCUACAUCAAGUGAUGAAAAACACCCACCUGAAAAUAUGAUUGAUGGAAAUCCAGAAACUUUUUGGACCACCACAGGAAUGUUUCCCCAAGAGUUCAUUAUAUGUUUUCACAAACAUGUGAGGAUUGAAAAGCUUGUAAUCCAGAGUUACUUUGUGCGGACCUUGAGGAUUGAAAAGAGUACUUCUAAAGAGCCAGUUGAUUUUGAGCAAUGGAUUGAAAGAGAUCUAGCACAUACAGAGGGGCAGCUUCAAAAUGAAGAAAUUUUGGCACGUGAUGACCACGUUACUUACUUGAGAUUCAUUAUUGUAUCAGCCUUUGAUCAUUUUGCAUCUGUGCAUAGCGUUUCUGCAGAGGGAGUAGCAAUCUCAAAUCUUUCUUAG